CAUCAGCUACUUCUGACUGGGUCCUGACUAAGGUCCUCCCAAGAAAGACUGCAUUGGAUCCACGCUCAAGAGGCCUCUCCCAGGUUUUCCUGACCCCGCUCCAUCACCGUGAAGUGCCAAGGCCUUAAGACUUGGGGUCACCGGAAAGUGGAUAACUGCCAGUGAUGAACCUGUUAUAUUUAAGUGGAAAAAUGAAUCAUCGUAAUCUCUGCGUAUGGGGCGCUGAAAACCAACAUGUCACACAAUCGAACUUAAAAGGGACUCACUGAACAUACAUGUUUCUUGUGCCAUAUGAAGCACACGGUUACUGUAUAUAUGCCUUGUUUCCUGGGUCCACGGGAAGCAUGAGUCUGUUGGGACUUGAGUCAAGAAGAAAACAAGACAUCUUUGCAAGGAAAACCAGACACUAACGAAAAGAAUCCCGAAGUCUGAAGAGAAAGAGCGCAAACAUGGCAGACAGAGGACUUAGGGAUUCUCCAGAGGACUCUCAAAAGGAUUUGGAAAAUGACCCAUCGAUACAUUCUCAGGCACAGGAGACCACAAUUACAGCAAGUACCACCGAAGAAGCUCAGACUCUUAACCCCGCCUCUGGUCCCCCCAAAGACCACCCAGAGGUAGAAACAAUAGAUUCAGGAAGUGAUCAUGCAUGCGGUCCAGAUGAAACAAAUUCUGGGGAACAUCCAAAGGAUAAAACAGAACCGGAGUCCAACCAGAGUUUUCAGGAUGGGGAACAAGGGUGUCAGCUCUCACCAGAAAGUGUGGGCGAAGAGCCCUGGCACCCAGAACCCAGCCCGUCUCCUAGGGACGAGGCAGGAGAAGCAGAUGCACACUUAGGGGGCAGCUCUGUAGCCCUCCCUGAGGAAGCAAGCGACAGACCGGGAGCUUCACAGGAGCCACCUGCCGUAGACCCCCAGGGCGCCCAGAGUCCUGGUCCUUCCAGUGCAGAGCUGGAGGGCCAGGGGACACUGAGGAGGCGGCUGCUGGUGCCAGAAGCUGAAAGUCAUCAAGAAGAAACACAAAAAUUGGAAGAAAACAAAGAGAAUGCACAGGAUUCCAUAAGAAAGACUGAUAAAAAGGAUUUUUGGUGCUAUGGCUUCAUCUUUCUUGGUUGCCUGGUUAUGACUCCCGUUUUGCUAAGCUUUGCUGCUCGUAGCUACUAUUCCUCUCCAACACAGCAAGCGGCCAAUAAUCCAGCUUUGGAGGCCUUCUUGGCUCACUUCAGCCAGCUGAAGGAUAAAUUUCCAGGCCAGAGUUCCUUUUUGUGGCAGAGAGGGCGUAAGUUUCUCCAGAAGCACCUCAAUGCCUCCAACCCUACCGAGCCGGCCACCAUCAUAUUUACAGCAGCGCGAGAGGGGAGAGAGACCCUGAAGUGCCUGAGCCACCACGUGGCAGAUGCCUACACCUCUUCCCAGAAGGUCUCUGCCAUCCAGAUUGAUGGGACUGGAAGGACCUUGCAGGACAGUGACGUGGUCAAGCUAUCGGUGGACAAGCUGCUGAGCUCUGGCUUUGAGAAGGGCCGGAAGGCUGCUGUGGUACACCGCUUUGAGUCCCUUCCUGCAGGCUCCACCUUGAUCUUCUACAAGUACUGUGACCACGAGAACGCCGCCUUUAAAGACGUGGCCCUGGUCCUGACCGUUCUCCUAGAGGAGGACACGUUAGAAGCCAGCGUCGGCCCAAGGGAAACUGAAGAAAAAGUGAGAGAUCUACUCUGGGCCCGGUUUACCAACUCCAACACUCCCAGCUCCUUCAACCACAUGGACUCGGACAAACUGAGUGGGCUGUGGAGCCGGAUUUCCCACCUGGUGCUGCCCGUCCAGCCGGUGAGGAGCAUCGAAGAACAGGGCUGCCUGCUGUGAGCCGGGCGUAGGGCUGGCUAUGGGAGUGGCAUGUGGGUUCAUUAGAAAGUCAGUUUAAAAGCCUUCCGUUUAUGUGGAAGGAGAUUGACGAAUGUGAGGAAACUGCCUGAAAAGCAUAAAUGAGCUCAUUUUAGGAAAAAAAUUUUAUUUUUUACUUUGUGUAAACUUUUUCUAAUCUAAACUUGACAACGCUAAAAGUUGACCUGACUUUUUUUCCUUGACUUUCAAGCAAAUCAGGUUUGAAAUAUAACGUGGUAUAUAUCACUGAGGAUUUUUUUUUAAUCCGAAAAUAUAGCAACAGAAUUAUUGCACAGAAAAAUAAUCUUCUCAGAGUAACUACAGAGUGGUUUUUGUUUUCUUGAGACUCUAGAAAGCCUUUUGGUGAGUAUUUGGGCUGGAGCAAUUACAGUUAUGAAGCAAUGAUAAUUAAAAAAAAAUGUUUUCUAUCACAUGUUAAAUAUUUUAAAAACUCAUUUUAAUAGCCUAGUUGUGGGAUUACAUUUUAUACUAAUUUGCACUUUUGAAUAGUAUGAAAAAAGGACAUUUGAAUUCAAACGCUUAGCUAAAUACUAUAUGGAAGGCACUGUGCCUUUUUUCUUUUAAUGAGCUGAGGUAAAAGCAGCUAUAAUCAAGAAAUGUUCUUAAAAAUUGAAAACAAUGCGGGGGAGGGGGGAUUGUAAUCAUUGGAAAUGAAGAAAUUCCAGUGGACCAUCUCUUUGCUUCAGCUUUCUUGAACUAGUCAGAGCAGUGAUUUUCAAGCUGUGUCUGCUGGCCCUCUCCCCUUUGUGUGAGAGCAGUUCUGCGUUGACUGCUUCAUAUUUUGGGAUUCUUCAUAAGACUUAAUUGGAACAAAGACUUACACUGAUAAUGACCAACUGAAAACCACCGACUGAGGGAGAAAAUAUCUUAGAAGAUAGGAAAUGGGUAAAACAAAUGAAUGUAUUAGAUAGAACUCAUGUGUAGGAAGAGGAUGAAAUAUAGGUUUAUUAUAGAUACAUUUUUUAUGAAAGACAAAGACCUACAGAUAAACAGAAUAUUUAAAGUAUUUACUAGCAUAUUUCUGAUACUUUUGUUAAUUUCUGUUAAUCAUUUCUGUCUCCCUUGAUUGGAAUUUUGUAAUUGCUUGGAUGAGAGUUUGAGUAUCCUCUAAGCAGAACAGAUUUUAAUACCAAUUGAACAGGUUUUAUAUAGGUACAUUAGCAUAACUUUGCCAUACUGUUUACUUAUUAAGCAGUGAUGGAACAUUAUAUAAUGCAUCUCAGUUCUUGACCUGCUAGUUAGAAUUACCUUUAGGUUAACAAUGAGAGAAAUACAAGCGAUGUCACACUUAGUGAGAGGAAGCAGAAAUGGUAAAUAGCUUCUAAGAGGUUCUAUGGCCAAUAUUAAUUGUUGGACCAUGUUCUGUGAUUGUAAGAAAGAUUGAGAACAGUGUUCAUGGAGAUAGUAGGAUGUUUGUUUGUUGUUUGUUUUUGCGUUCCAGCUCUGAAAGUAGAACUCUAGUAAAUGAUCUUGACCUAAUGAAGGGUCUGUGCCAUUAUAUGGCAUCCCUGGGAACUAUCAUUAUGGUCCUGGAAUAGUUCAACAGCUAUUGGACUCUUUCAGUUAGGUUUCGGCCUCUCUGCUGCUAUGAAAAUAGAGAAAAGAAAUCACAUGAUUAAAGUAUGGAAGGAGUUUCAGAAACAGUAGGAAGAUAAUAGUGAUCUUUAUUGAUACCUAAAAGAUCACGAAGACGUGGGGGAACAAUCUGAAAAUAUUUGUCACAGGAAAAAAGCACAAAUCUGUUCUAACCGAGGCUUACAUUGUACUCAGCUGAGGAGGAGCACACCUAUAGGAACUAUUUUUCACUUGGGACUUUGUGAAGGGGUCUUGCAACAGAGUAGAGGAAAGACCUGCCCGGAUGCAAAGUUAAAGCACAGUGAACAUAAUACCAAUAUCAAUCCAAUAUAAACUCAGAGGAAAUUGGAGAAAAAUCUAUAUACCAUAUUCAAUCUUUUUCUGUAUUUCUAGAUCUCAGAUCCUAGCAUUACAUCGCAGAAACCAAUGGUGCCUUGUAGAGCUGUCAUGUUGGCCAGCUCACCUGUGCUACCUCAGGGCUCUAAAGAACCAGUCUGAAGUAUGCAUAUCGAAUCUGUCAGUGACCAGUGACUCAGAUCAUAGCUGAAACAAAGAUUCUUAUUUCUUCAUUCAGUUGAAUAUGGUUUUUCAUCACUUCCUUUCAAUAUAGUUUAGAAAAGGAAAUUUCAAAAAGUCACAAUUUUUUUUUUUUUUUUUUUACUGUUUAGCCUUUGUUAAAAAUUACUUCUCCUUCCAUGUAUAAGUGCAAUCGACUGAAAGUGUUGUUAGUUUUCUGUCCACUACUUCAAAAAUCAUUUUAAAAAAGAGCAGUAUAUUAGCUCUGGGUCUUCUCAUAAAUAAAAUGAUUAUUUUUAAAGCAUAAAACUUUAUAUUUUUAAACAUACAAAUAGUUAAAAUUUAUUAUCUAAUGUACUUAGGGUAAUUUCUACUGAAUUGUUUCUAUUUUUUACAUUUUUCAAAUUUCCAAAUUUUCUUGUAUACCUAGUAGUUCAUCUUUCAUUACUAUAUAAUAGAUAAGUUUGCUUAUUGGACUUAGAAUAAUGACUUGUGGGCAAAUGACCAAUACAUGAUACCUAAACAUCACUGUUUAAUUAUUAUUGUAGAGCAACUCUCAUUACAUUACUUAUUGAUAUAAAUUACUUCUUGAUUGAUACCAGAGUUCUAGAAGCACCUGAUGGAAUCAGAAAUUAUCUCUGCACUUGAGCUUUUUUCCCUGUGGGGUAAAUUUCCCUGUGGGGUAAAUUUUAGGUUUCCUAGUUAAUUUCCAAGGGUUGGCAGAGAAGUUCCAGGGGAUUCGUAUCACUAAAGGCAGUGAUAACAUUUCUAUUUUUUAAAAUCAAUAAAAUAAUUUCAAUGCAUUUCACAUGAAAGCCUCCAAGCUCAUGGUGGCGAGUAAAGCCAAGAGCACCUCUGACCCGCUGCCCCCGCUGCUAAUAACCCAGGUGAACGGUGCUAGCUGCUAAGGUGGUUCUGACCCUGUCACAUUUUUUAAUUGUGUGAUUUAUACUUUUAUCUGUUAAAGACAGGAAGCAUAAUGAGUAUUUGUUAAAAUACGUAUAACAAACAAAUAGAGCAGGUGAAAGUGAUAAUAAUUUAGCAAUAUGAUCUUCAAAUGUUACACAGAAAAUAUAAUUAUUAUAUUUGGUUAGGGUCAUCACUUAAUGGGAAUAAAGCUUACAUCCAUGUACAGUUUAUUUGUAAAAAAAUAAACAGCAACGUGAAAACUUUUCAUCAGUUGAAAAUAUAAUAAGUAUAAGAAUAAACCAGUACAUCAUUGUAAAGCCCUCAAUACUUCAUUUAAUAAAAGCAGUUUUUAAUCUGUUUUUCAAGUCAA